AUGGCGAAAGCUGGGGAGAUAUCGCUUAGCCCGGGCAUGGGGGCGAUACCGAGGUUCGUGCAGACUGAAUCAGUCGAGCGCCCGUCAUGUUCCACUGCCGGCAUACGUGUGGCUUUGAUUGGACUCCUGACGCCAAGUAUGGAGUUCGAUCUUUCUGGUACCGACAGUAUUCCCGAGACAUCCGAGCUGCGCGCCGACUUCUGGUCUCAAUACGAGGAUGUACUGGUUCCACUAGAACUGAGCGCUGUAGCCUUGGACGGAACAUCCUCAGCAUCUUUCCAUCGUGCUCAGGCUCCUCUGAAGCUGCUGCUCGCAUAUCUUUCCACACCUCCGUCCUCUCACUCGACGCCGCAACCUCGCGGACAGUCCAUAUAUCUGGCGCAAUGUCCGCUCCCGUCUCUGCCAAGCUCUCUUCUGGCUGCUGUACCAACGCCUGAAAUAGUCCUUCAAGCUGGUAAGGGCGACGUUUAUGAUUCUUCGCUCUGGCUUGGUCGACCUCCAACGAAUACGCCGCUCCACCGCGAUCCAAACCCGAAUUUCUUCAUUCAGCUAGCCGGCCAGAAGAAAGUCCGGUUGUUGCCUCCUGAAGUCGGCGAUGCGAUAUUCGAGCGAAUACAGGAAGCUGUGCAAGCCCAUAGUGGUGGCAGGGCUAUUCGGGGCGAGGAAAUGAUGGUCGGCCCCGAGCGACAGCUACUCGAUGCUGGUGUAUGGGCGGAAGCUGUCCCUGCGGACGGAGACAUCGCUGGUGAUAUCUCGAAGGCGGUUGAGAUGUAUGGCCAGGAGGCUGAACUCAGCCUCGGCGAUGCACUCUUCAUACCUAAAGGGUGGUGGCACAGUGUGAGAGGCGUAGGUCAAGGCAUUACGGCAAGUGUAAAUUGGUGGUUUCGGUGA